GACUCGGUGAGAGUUUUAAAACUUUCUGUUUUGUUUGACAGUUCAGCACUGGAGAAAGCAACCGUCCUGCAAUCUGGAUUGACGCCGGUAUCCAUUCCCGAGAGUGGGUUACUCAAGCGAGUGCAAUAUGGAUAGCUAAAAAGAUUGCCUCCAGCUAUGAGAAGGAUCCAUCCAUCACCUCUCUGCUGAACAAAAUGGACAUUUUCCUGCUGACAGUCGCAAACCCUGACGGAUACGUGUUCACUCACACCACAAAUCGCAUGUGGCGGAAGACCCGCUCCAAGAAUCGAGGCAGUCUGUGUGUUGGAGUUGAUCCAAACCGGAACUGGGAUGCAGGUUUUGGAGGUCCCGGAGCCAGCGGUAAUCCCUGUUCUGAUUCUUACCACGGGCCCAGUGCCAACUCAGAGGUGGAAGUGAAAUCUAUUGUUGACUUUGUUAAGAAUCAUGGAAACAUCCAGGCCUUCCUCACCCUCCACAGUUACUCUCAGCUCCUGAUGUAUCCCUACGGCUAUAAGUGCACUGAACCGGCAGACUACGCUGAGCUGGAUGCCUUAGGAAGAGCUGCUGCCAGUUCCAUCCAGUCCCUGUACGGCACCACCUUUACAGUGGGGAGCAUUUGCACUACUAUCUACCAAGCCAGUGGAGGCAGCAUUGACUGGAGCUACGAUUAUGGCAUCAAAUACUCUUUCGCCUUCGAGCUGCGAGACACGGGUCGCUACGGUUUCCUCCUGCCCGCCGACCAAAUUAUCCCAACUGCAGAGGAGACCUGGCUGGGCCUGAAAAAAAUCAUAGAGCACGUGCGAGACAAUGCCUACUAAAAGCUGGGGUGGGAAUCAGCGGUCUCAUGAAUCUUCCACCCUUGGCGUGGUUGCGACAGCUGUAACGACGCGGCACCCGGCUAAAUAAAAUCCCUGUGUG